CUUUAACAGGACAGACGAGUACGAGAUGACGGUUGACGACUGCAAGCUGCGCGCCUCUGGCGGUUAUCACCUGAAGCACAUGUCGAUGCUGUACAAGAAAGGGGAAGACGCCGUCCAGAUUUUGCGUUUCACUCGCAACGGAGUCAACCUUAGCAACAGAUCUCAGAUAUUUUCUACAUUAUACUUUUACGGAACUCUCUCGUCCCAUGUCAAGUGUCAUCUCUUCUCCAAUAGCCUGGUCCGACACAUCGUGGACAGGGAUUUAAAGAUUCUCCAAGAGUCGACCUACACGUCAAUUCCCUUACAUUACGGGCUCUUACAUUCGUCCAUCAGUGCCCUACAAAGUGAGGGGAACGUGUCGAGGUUUCUCGGGUACGGAGGGGUCGGCAUCAGGGAGAGCCUUAUGGAAGAGAGCAGGAAUAUGCGCGCAUGGGAGGGGCACCAGUCCGGCCGCCGCUGGGACUUACUGGGACAGGAGAGUCUACUCUACAAACUCUUCCGGUCCAGACAAGCACUACGUGACGUCAUGAGGCGCCACGGGGUCGAUCAGAAGUUGUUGGAGGCGCUUUUCAACCACAUCGUCGUCCACGCUAUGGACCAUUAUGGCUGCGAUAAGUCUUCCAACCUAAGGUUUUCCCUCCACCCCUGGCAUGUGGGAUGCAGCACCCACCAGGCCUUCAACACUAACAUGUUCCGGGUCCUGAUCGUCCGGCCCAACCUCAACCCACUCGCACCCAACACUCUCCGCUCCAUCAACAAGCCGUUCUACCGGGACUUGUACCGGGAACUGAAGAUCAUACACCCCCAAGUGGCGGAGGAAGCGACUGCUAGUGUCAUGUACUAGCUAUAACUCAGACUUCCGAUGUUCCGAAUAUAAUUUCAUCAGAUUGGUAAACCGUAACAUAGUAAAUGUAUGUAAGUUCGCGGGGAUUUAAUUUCGCGGUAGCGAGAAAAAGGACUUUUCGUGGUGGAUUUAAGUUCGCG